GAGAGCUUUGUUUCAUCCACUCCGCGGAUGGUGCUCAGAUCAGUACAUUCCGUUCGACAAGGCGCUGAGCUUAUGACAUUCGAAGAUGGCAGACUGCAACGCAGCACAGGCAGCUAUUCACAAGCUUCCACCCCAGGUUUUAUCUGCUAUUUCAUCACUCCUUAACAGGGAGAGUCUGAAUGCAAUCACUCAAGCCUCAAAGUUUUGUCGCGAGCAUUUUUGCCGUGAAAUGUUCAAGGCGGUUCGCUUUGAGAGUUCACGGGCACUUCUUACGGGCAUCAUAUGGACGUUUCUCCAUUGGAGGGUCGAUCCAGGUAUGGUCCGAGUACGGGAGCAUAUACGCCAUGCUACUGUUACGAUUUUCCAGCAUACCAGCGCAGAUAUUAUACCUGGACAAGGUCCAAACUGGAGCAGUACCGAGGGUACUCUCAAGGCAUUAAGCAUCAAUGUCGAUACCGACUCACUUGCAUAUAAAAAAGCAGUCAAUACCCAUCGGGGAUUGCAACGGCUACACGUUAUUGGCACAGUACCCGAUCUAGGGACAUCUUUCGGCGGACGGGCUAUAGCAAGUGCUGCUAAAUCCUUCAAGAGCCUCAAGUGGCUAGCUGUUUCCUGUGGGACGAGGGAAUUCAUGAACGGACGGAUGUUUGAGCCUGAAGAUUUGCCUGACCUUAACAAUGCUAUCAGAGCCAUGGUAGCCCGCAUUAAGACUCUGCCAGAGCUAGAGCGCUUGUCGGUACCCAUGGGGUACUCUGCAGUGCCAGCCAAUUUCCUUAUGGGCCAGCAGCACUUGGGCAACCCUAUCUUAGGGAUGAGCAUCUUGAACCUUGGCGUGAGAGCCUGGCCCUUCAAUUCAGCAACGAUUUGCCGCAUCUUCAGCAAAUUUUUAUGUUGGGCAGUUUUCCUGAUUGCGCCCAAGCAACCAGAGAACACAGCGGCGCCGAGGCGGUUGUCAUGUCCGGGAACAUAUGCACAAUGAUCCAGCUCGAAUCCUUUCCCUGUGCAGUUUUCGAUUGAGCCCUAGGGGUUUCGUAACGUUCUCCAUCGAGUCUCGCGAUGGAUUCUCGGAGGAUGCGCAUGGAGACAA